CAUAUUACUCAUCGCCCCUUCGGCCACCGCCACCACGCCACGCCCUGCACAUCACCCCCUCCAUCCUCAACAUUCAUUUUUAUUAUUAUAUAAAUCUCCAAAAAAAGGAGCCAGAGCAAACCGCAAAUCGACCCCCGUGGCCGUGGGAAGCAGGUCGUCGCCUCGGUCAAAUCCGGCGGCGGCGGAGGAGUCGUGGGCCGCAAGGCCGGGCUGGCCUGACCGGACCGCCGCGCAAGUGACCCGACCGGCGGGAUCCUUCGGGCCGGCGCCCCAGGAGGAUAUUCUUCGCGCUGGGGGUGCUUGAUUUGGAUGAAAGGAGCGCGCCGUCGGCAUGGGUACCCCCUCGCAGGGCUCGGCUGCCGUGGCGGCGGCCCGGGUCGACCUCUGCGCGCUCGACCUCAUGCCCGUCUUCGCCAAGGAGAUGAUUGCCGGCGGGGUCGCCGGUGCUUUCUCCAAGACCGCCAUCGCGCCGCUCGAGCGCCUCAAGAUAUUGCUACAGACUAGAACAAAUGAGUUCAGGUCUCUCGGAGUUCUGAAAUCCUUGAAUAAACUGAGAAAACAUGAUGGUGUCUUGGGAUUUUACAAGGGAAAUGGUGCCAGUGUGUUAAGAAUUGUUCCUUAUGCUGCAUUACAUUAUAUGGCGUAUGAGCGAUACAGGUGUUGGAUCUUGGGUAACUGCCCUACACUUGGCACAGGACCUGUGGUAGAUCUUUUAGCAGGCUCAGCAUCAGGCGGGACUGCAGUCUUGUGCACUUAUCCCUUGGACUUGGCUAGGACCAAGCUUGCAUUCCAGGUUAAUAACACAGAUCAUCCUAGCAAUGGUUUGAAAAGGCCAAUUGCUACACCAUCAUAUGGAGGAAUAAAAGAUGUCUUCAGAGGUGUUUACUCAGAAGGUGGAGUGCGAGCGCUGUAUCGUGGAGUAGGUCCAACGCUAAUGGGAAUACUUCCCUAUGCUGGUCUUAAAUUCUACAUAUAUGAAGGGUUGAAGGCACACGUACCUGAAGAUUACAAAAAUUCUGUCACUUUAAAACUAUCCUGUGGUGCCGCAGCUGGUUUAUUUGGACAAACUUUAACCUACCCACUAGAUGUAGUCAGGAGACAAAUGCAGGUUCAGAGUCAUCUGCAGCAUGAUCAGUCUGGUGGCCCACGAAUAACAGGUACAUUCCAGGGGCUUAAGAUCAUCAAACAAACACAGGGAUGGAGACAAUUAUUUGCUGGUCUGAGCCUCAAUUAUAUCAAGGUGGUACCCUCAGUGGCUAUUGGUUUCACCGCAUACGACACAAUGAAGCAUUUGCUGAAGAUACCUCCGAGAGAGAGCAUAAAGCCUGAGCAAGGUUCUGGUUGAAGCUUCUAUCCACAAAAGAAAGGCACAUCUAUGAAGUGCCAGUUGGAGGCUUCAAGCCUCAUCAAGUCCAUGAUUGUUAUUCUCCCUCCGUAAAGGAAUAUAAGAGCAUUUAGAUCACUACUAUAGUGAUCUAAACACUCUUAUAUUUCUUUACAGAGGGGGUACGUAGUAAUUGUGUUGCGUACUUACCCCAGCUGACAUAUUCUUUUCGUUAUAUUUUUUCGAAUUCAUUUUUAUUUUUUCACCAACAUGUAUACUUUAUCCACUAGGUGGAAUGUUGUCACUGGAUAGUAUUUGAUGAUGAAAUUACAGAUACGCGAAACAGACUUGCAGUGCU